AGAAUCCAAGAAACGUACGUCUUUGAUUGAAUGCUCUUCCAUGUGUAGCUUAUGGAGGCACCAACCAUAGCAUGAAUAAAAAAGAGUCAAUUUUGGAGCAAUACCUCACUUUGAGCAUGAAUAAAUCCUAUUUCAUUUUCUAUUAAUCAAAAAAUUAUUCUCUCCUUAUUUUUACUUGUCCACCAUAAUCUAGUUACAAGUUGCUCAAUAUUGUCACAUAAUAUUUUUGGGUGCCUAAACCAACUCAUUAAGCAAAUGGAGAUGUUCUGAACAACAACUUUAAAUAGAAUACCUCCUACAUGUACAAUUAUUUUGAAUGAACAGGUACUGAUUCUUUUCGUUGGAUGUGUGCAUUUUUGAACCUAUUUGACAGUGGUCAUGCAUUAUCAUUCAAGACCCUGUGUCAAUUUGUGGUUUCUGUUGGAAUUACUGGUUCAAGAUUGCUAACUAUAGGUGUGGACUGAUUCCCCUUCAAUCCCUCGGCAUUGGCGUGUACCAAAUUCAAUAAGCUUAUUAGGUUUCGCUCGGAGACUCGAGAAUAGAGAAUCUAAAUUAUUUUAGAUGGGACAUUCUGCAGCUGUUUGGGAUUUUAGAGCAGCAACUGAAAUUACAAAGGACUGGAAUGGAAUUGAUCAAGUUGUACUUCGGACCCCACAAGGCGCUUCUGCACGGGUAAGUUUACAUGGAGCACAGGUCACUUCGUGGCGUAACGAGCAUGGGGAAGAACUUCUAUUCACAAGCAGCAAGACAAUUUUGAAGGCUCCAAAAGCAAUACGAGGAGGAAUUCCUAUAUGUUUUCCACAGUUUGGAAACUGUGGAUCGCUGGAGCUGCAUGGAUUUGCAAGAAAUCGAAUGUGGAUAGUUGACGAGAAUCCUCCUCCUCUGCCUGCAAAUGAUUCCAGUGGGAAAUCCUUUGUUGACUUGCUACUCAAAUCAUCUGAGGAAGACGUGAAGUGCUGGCCAUUUAGUUUUGAGUGCCGUCUUCGAGUGUCUCUUACAACCAAAGGAGACCUAACCCUGAUAUCCCGAAUUAGGAAUAUCAACGGCAAGCCAUUUAGUUUCUCAUUCGCAUACCACACAUACUUAUUGGUUUCUGACAUUAGUGAGAUAAGGAUUGAAGGCCUUGAGACACUUGAUUACCUGGACAACCUUUCCCAAAAAGAACGAUUUACAGAACAAGGAGAUGCGAUAACAUUUGAAUCUGAGGUUGAUCGUGUUUAUCUUAGCUCUCCAAACAUAAUCGCUGUUCUAGAUCAUGAGAGGAAACGAACAUAUCUUAUAAGAAAGGAAGGUCUCCCUGAUGUUGCCGUGUGGAAUCCGUGGGAGAAGAAAUCGAAGUUGAUGGUGGACUUCGGUGACGAGGAGUACAAACAAAUGCUUUGUGUAGAUGCAGCAGUGAUAGAGAAACCUGUCAACUUGAAGCCUGGAGAGGAAUGGACGGGGCGGCUUCAACUAUCGGUUGUGCCAUCGAGUUUUUGUAGCGACCUUUUGGGUCUCGACAAAAGUGGUCUUUGAAGAGGAUGGAAUUGUACAAAAUUUAAUCUUAUCUGAGUUUGUGUUACAUUUAGCAAUGUAGCAUUAAGUUACUUUUAGUAAAUAGUAGUGCUUUGUAGGAGUCAUCAAGUUUUCUGUUGUUUUUUUUUCAUGCUACAAAUAGUAGAAAGAAAGAAAGAAAGAAAAAAGCCUAUGUUUUUGUUAGAAUGGCUGCAAAAUUUCGGAUAUUUUAAUUAUUUUGUUAAAUUCAUGAGUUGAUUGAUUAAUUGAUAA